AUGGCGGCCCCGGACCAGAAAUCGCCGAACGUUCUGCUGCAGAACCUAUGCUGCCGAAUCCUGGGCAAGAACGAAGCUGAUGCAGCCCAGCAGUUCCAGUACGCCGUGCGAGUUAUUGGCAGCAACUUCGCCCCCACUGUUGAAAGAGACGAAUUUCUGGUAGCUGAAAAAAUCAAGAAAGAACUUAUUCGACAAAGAAGAGAAGCAGAUGUUGCAUUAUUUUCAGAACUCCACAGAAAACUUCAUUCACAGGGAGUUUUGAAAAAUAAGUGGUCAAUACUCUACCUCCUUCUGAGCCUUAGUGAAGACCCACGUAAGCAACCAAACAAGGUUUCGAGCUAUGCCACAUUAUUUGCUCAAGCAUUACCAAGAGAUGCUCACUCAACUCCCUACUACUAUGCCAGGCCUCAGACCCUGCCCUUGAAUUACCAGGAUCGCAGCACCCAGUCAGCCCCGAGUGCUGGCAGUCUGGGAAGCAGUGGAAUCAGCAGUAUAAGCAUGUAUGCCCUGAAUGGCCCAACACCAACACCACAGUCUCUCCUUCCGGGACAGUCCCAUCAAGCUCCAGGAGUGGGAGAUUGCCUUCGACAGCAGUUGGGGUCUCGUCUUGCCUGGACUUUAACGUCAAACCAGCCUUCUUUACAAACCACUACCUCCAAGGGCAUUCCAAACACUGUUUCUCGCAACAUAGCAAGGACAAGGAGAGAAGGGGAUGCCAGUGGUGAGAAGAGAGAUGUUUUGUUUUUUUCAAUGUUGGGAUAUGUUUUUAAAUGGUGUUUUUAUUUGAACAUUUAGAUGUCUUCAAAUCUGUACCCGGUAGAUUUAAAAGCAAACCUAAACAAAUCUUUGCGAGACACAACAAUGAGACUUGCUGAGUUGGGAUGGCUACAUAACAAAAUCAGAAAAUACAUUGACCAGAGGAGCUUAGACCGUUCAUUUGGACUCGUAGGUCAGAGCUUUUGUGUUGCCUUACACCAAGAACUCAAAGAGUACUACAGAUUACUCUCAGUUUUACAUUCCCAGCUACAAUUAGAGGAUGAUCAAGGUGUAAAUUUGGGACUUGAGAGUAGCUUAACCCUUCGCCGCCUGCUGGUUUGGACAUAUGACCCUAAAAUAAGACUGAAGACGCUCGCGGCCCUGGUUGAUCACUGUCAAGGACGGAAAGGUGGAGAACUAGCAUCAGCUGUCCACGCUUAUACAAAAACAGGAGACCCCUACAUGAGGUCUUUGGUACAGAAUAUUCUUAGCUUGGUAUCACAUCCCAUUCUGACUUUUCUUUACCGGUGGAUAUAUGAUGGAGAGCUAGAGGACACGUACCAUGAAUUUUUUGUAGCAUCGGAUCCAACAGUUAAAACAGAUAGACUCUGGCAUGAUAAGUAUACUUUAAGGAAAUCAAUGAUCCCUUCCUUUAUUACAAUGGAUCAAUCUAGAAAGGUUCUUUUGAUAGGAAAAUCAAUAAAUUUCUUGCAUCAGGUUUGUCAUGAUCAAACACCAACUGCAAAGAUGAUAGCGGUGACGAAGUCUGCAGAGUCGCCCGAGGACGCUGCAGAUUUAUUCACAGACUUAGAAAAUGCAUUUCAGGGAAAAAUUGAUGCAGCUUAUUUUGAGACCAGUAAAUAUCUAUUGGAUGUUCUCAAUAAAAAAUACAGCUUGCUGGACCACAUGCAGGCAAUGAGGCGGUACUUACUUCUUGGACAAGGAGAUUUUAUAAGACAUUUAAUGGAUUUGCUGAAACCAGAACUUGUCCGACCAGCUACUACUUUGUAUCAACAUAACUUGACGGGAAUUCUUGAAACUGCUGUCAGAGCAACCAACGCACAGUUCGAUAGUCCUGAAAUUCUCAAAAGACUGGAUGUUCGGCUCCUGGAGGUCUCUCCGGGGGAUACUGGCUGGGACGUCUUCAGCCUUGACUAUCAUGUCGACGGGCCAAUUGCGACAGUGUUUACACGAGAGUGCAUGAGCCACUACCUAAGGGUAUUUAACUUCCUUUGGCGGGCUAAACGCAUGGAAUAUAUCCUCACUGACAUACGGAAAGGACAUAUGUGUAAUGCAAAACUCCUGAGAAAUAUGCCAGAGUUCUCUGGGGUGCUUCAUCAGUGUCACAUUCUGGCAUCGGAAAUGGUCCAUUUCAUUCAUCAAAUGCAGUAUUACAUUACAUUUGAGGUACUAGAGUGUUCCUGGGAUGAACUCUGGAACAAAGUCCAGCGGGCUCAGGACUUGGAUCACAUUAUUGCCGCACAUGAGGUUUUCUUGGAUACCAUCAUUUCUCGGUGUCUGCUGGACAGUGACUCCAGGGCCCUUUUAAACCAACUUAGAGCUGUGUUUGAUCAAAUUAUUGAACUUCAGAAUGCUCAAGAUGCAAUAUACAGAGCUGCUUUGGAAGAAUUACAGAGACGACUACAGUUCGAAGAGAAGAAGAAACAGCGUGAAACUGAGGGCCAGUGGGGAGUUACAGCAGCCGAGGAAGAGGAAGAGAACAAGAGGAUUCGAGAAUUUCAAGAAUCUAUACCAAAAAUGUGUUCACAGUUGCGGAUAUUGACACAUUUCUACCAGGGUAUUGUGCAACAGUUUUUGGUGUUACUGACAACCAGCUCUGAUGAAAGUCUUCGGUUUCUUAGCUUUCGAUUGGACUUCAAUGAGCACUACAAGGCCAGAGAACCAAGACUGCGAGUGUCUCUGGGCACUAGAGGACGACGCAGUUCCCACAUGUGA